UGUCAGAAUGCAAGAUGAGGUAACUGUUGAAAUAUUGUGCUUCUCCGCACCGUCACCCAUCGCCCAAACUCCAGCCACCUACGGCAGACCCAUAACAUACCCGCCAAAAAAAGGAAAGUACAUAAUUGUCAUCAACCUUGGCGGAGCAUCUGCUCCAGCAACCCAAAGUCCCCCUUCAGAGACCCUAUCCCCCGGCGGCCCGCCAACAUGCUCUCGUGGUCGUCCUGCCUGACGGCCAGCUCCAACAUACUCUGCACGUGGCUCACUCGCUGCACGGCCCCGGUCGGGCGCGAGUACGGCGACGAGCUCCCAGGCCUACCCGGCCCCCCUGGUGACGGCGGCGUCACCACGCGGCUGCCGCCCUGGC